AUGGCGGUCUCCAAGCCAAGAACCGAAGCAGACCCUUCACAAUCUCUUCGGUCUCCCGACUACAAAGCUAUGCUGCUCGACGAGCAUUCCCGGCCUUCCAGCCCGGACCGGGUCUCUCGCUCCUCCUUUUCGUCCAUCCGCGAACACGACAACACGCUUCCCCAGACGUUCUCCCGCUCCAAGGUCUCGUCCUACUUUGGCGCCGACAGUGAGGAGGCCAUCGUCGACGACUCGACCAGCAGCCCACCCGCAACACCCAACCGUCCGGCCAGGGCCUUCAAUAUGAUCCAGACCCAGUUCCAGCCUCCCGUCACCCACCCCAACAGCAGACUCCUCGGCUAUUGGACACCGGCAGACAGCUUCAAGGGCUGGAAGGGUAUCCAGGUCAAGGGCAAACUCGCGAGCAAGAGCUUCGGUGAUCUCCAGGUGCUGCAUCAGGUGUUCAGCACCCCGUCACAUCGGCCCACGAAGCGCGGGCAAAACCGACCGGGCGAUUCUCCCAUCGAGAGACUUCCCACAGAGAUAUUGACGUCCAUAAUCAACCUCCUUGCUCUUGAUGUGCCUCCCAAUGGCCUCACCCGACGCAAUAUCGAUCUGAUGUCGUUGCUGCUGACGUCGAGGACGUUGCAUGUUGCGACCCUCACCACCCUGUACAGCAGGAUCACGAUUCCCCACUCGCGGAUCUUUCAAAAAUUUCUCGCCCACAUCGCCGCCCACCCGAACUUGGGCACCAUCGUACGACGACUCGACUUUUGCCACUUCAACCCCUCACAACUCUUCCUGACGGCCGCCGAGCGCUCCAAGGCACGCAACCUGACGUCGGAGACGCUCCUCCAGUGCUUGGAGCUCACGCCCAACCUCCAGGAGUUCCUAGGUCAAGAGUACAUCGACGAGGACUUGGAUGCCGCCGUGUUGCGAAAACUAUUUCUGGGACUACCCCAGCUCAAGGCAGUCGACUUCUGCGGGUGCACCUCGAGCUCCUUCAAGGAGGCCUUUUCGUCGAUCCUGUCGCCCAACUGGCCCAAGGAGUUGACGAUCCAGCGGCUCUCGCUGCACAAGUGCCUGACGCUGCCAUCGUCCGUUUUUGAAACCAUCCUUUCCCGGCUGCCGAGGCUCACGCACCUCGACGUCGCGGGCACCCGCCUCACCGACAAUGCACUGGCCUCGAUCCCGCCGACCGCCAGGAUCACACACCUCAACCUGGCGAAGUGCACGCUGCUGUCGGCAAGGGGCGUGAUCGAUUUCCUGGCGAACCAUCCAGCAGCCAAGGGGCUGCAGUUCCUGAGCCUGGCAACGGACGCCCGAAGCCACCAGGCUUUCGAUGCAGACAACAUCACUGAGCUCCUCCCGAUCCUUCCCAAGACGCUCAAGUCGCUCAACCUAAAGGGCAGCAAGAUGGUGUCGUCACACAUCGACCUGCUCCGCCCGCUAACCAAACACCUCGAGGAACUCGCCCUCGGCCGCUCGCUCACGCUGCAGGACGUCAACCGGCUGUUAGUCCCUGACGAGGACGCCGACGUGGCGAUGCAAGUCGAUUGGGUGCCGCACACCCUGCGGUACAUUGACCUGUCGGAUUUCUGGGGCGCCGAGAUGGACCUGGUCUACCUAUUCGGCAGCAGCUGCGCGGUGCUGAGGCCGUUCUCGGAACCGCUUGAGGUGGUGGAGCUUGCCGAGGACGUGUGCCGCCGCGUGGCCAAGUCUACGACGGCGCUGCAGCGCAUCGGGUGGGCGCUGUCCGAGUGUGGCAGCCGCGGGUGGGUAGUCAGGCAGAAGCCCAAGGGGGCCAACAGAGAUGAUGGUGCCCGAGCGUGGAAGAUGGGCGCCGAGAGCUGGGGAAUGAGAAAGAUUCCUGUUGCACAGGCUGAGGUCGGAGGGAUGUAUGGGAGCUUCAUGUUCUCGAGGAAGUUGUGA